AUGGAGCCCUGGGGAUUCACCACUCUCACCCUUGUGGUUUGUGUCUCCUUCUUGGUCAUAUUAUCACUGUGGAGAAAAGAUUAUAAAGGAAGGAAGAUGCCUCCUGGUCCACCUCCUCUCCCAAUCAUUGGGAAUAUGCUACAGCUAGACAAGAAGGACCUCUCCAUGUCUCUCUGCAAGCUAUCCAAAAAGUAUGGUCCUGUGUUUACCGUGUAUUUUGGGUCUCAGCCAGUGGUGAUUCUACAUGGCUACAAGGCACUGAAGGAGGCUCUGAUUGAUCAGGGAGACAUUUUCGGAGACAGGGGGAAAAUACCAAUAUUUGAUGACAAUUACAAAGGGCAUGGAAUUACUUUUGGCCAUGGAGAAAAGUGGAAACAAAUCCGCCGAUUUUCCCUGAUGACACUGAGGAACUUUGGGAUGGGGAAGAGGAGCAUUGAGGAGAGUGUCCAGGAGGAAGCUCAAUUCCUUUUGGAGGAAUUGAGGAAAACAAAUAAUCAACCCUUUGACCCAACUUUUAUCCUUGGAUGUGCCCCUUGCAAUGUUAUCAGUUCCAUCCUCUUCCAUCAUCGUUUCAACUAUGACAAUGAAAAAUUUCUUUCUAUAAUGAGGAUAUCAGGUGAAAAUUUUAAUCUUCUGAAUACUCCAAUGGCUCAGCUCUACAAUAAUUUCCCUUGGCUUGUCCGCUAUUUUCCUGGAACUCACAAGAAAUAUUUUUCAAAUAUGAAGAAACUUAAACUGUUUAUUUUGGAUACUAUAAAGGAACACCAAGAGACCCUGGAUCAUAACAAUCUUAAGAAUUACAUUGACUGCUUCCUCUACAAAAUGCAGCAGGAACAAAAGAAUCGAGACUCUGUGUUUGACCUAGAAAAUCUUGCAACAGCAGGAUUGGAUUUAUUUGAUGCUGGAAUGGAAACAAUCAGUACAACUUUGAGAUAUGGCCUGCUUCUCCUCCUGAAACACCCAGAAGUACAAGAUAAAAUUCACAAAGAAAUUGAUCGAGUGAUUGGACAUCAUAGAAUUCCUUCCAUUAAAGACAAACUGGAGAUGCCCUACACAGAGGCUGUGGUGCAUGAGAUACAGAGAUACUUUAAUCUUGCCCCUUUCAGUUUGCCCCAUGAAGUAACCCGUGAUACCCAACUCUAUCAAUACUUCAUACCUAAGGGCACAACUGUGUUCCCAUCACUUUCCUCCGUCUUAUUUGACCCAAAAGAAUUUCCCAACCCAUACCAGUUUGACCCAGGGCACUUCCUACAUAAGGACGGCAGUUUUAAGAAGAGUGACUAUUUCAUGGCUUUUUCCAUAGGAAAACGGGCCUGUUUAGGAGAGGGCCUGGCUAAGGUGGAAUUGUUUAUAUUCCUGGUCGCCAUUCUGCAAAAUUUUACCAUCAAGAGUACCAUUAAUCUAAAGGAAAUCAACAUCAAGCCAUGUUCUAUAGGACUGGUCACUGUUCCUCCAAAAUUCCAGCUCUGCCUUUUACGCCGCUAA